CACACACACACACACGCACACACACACACACACCCUUUGACAGCCACAUGUGUCCUGCUCGUCCUCGUGUCGGUGUGUGUUCCACGUGGAGCGAGACACAGUGUACCGGUCAGCCUUCUAGCCGCUCAUACAGUCACACACACCCCUCACACACACCCCUCUCACACACACACACCCCUCACGCCCCUCUCACACACACACUCUUCCCCACACACACACUCGUCUGGUUUGGACGCGCGGCGACCGUCACAUCCCAAGGGAUCUGCCACAGGAUGUCUAUCUUCAGUCUGCUGUCAGACAGGGAGAGGAAACUUCAGGCGGCCGCAAUCUGCAGAGAGAUACACGGACCUGAAGAAGAUGUGGACUGUGGUAAGAAGGUGUGUGUGCCUAAAGAGAUCAUGCUGGAAGAGUUGAGUCUCUCGUCCAAUCGCGGCUCUCGACUCUUCAAGCUGCGGCAGCAGAGGGCUGAGAAAUACACAUUCGACGCCAUCCAGCAGGAGAAACAGAAUGGUCUGAGUGUUCCUCUUCCUCCUGUUCCGGCAUCUGGUAACCAUGGAGACGAGACUUCAGCUGAACCCGACAACACUGAAGCAGUUGAUGCUACUGAUGCUGUGGAGAGUGAGGCUCCACCUGAGCGCGUCACCAUGCCAAUCAUCCCAUCGCCUUGGCAACAGGCUCUAGGUCUUGACCCCGCCCACUCACACACACUCCUGUCUGAACUGCAGCCCCAGCCUCAGCUCCCCAACUACAAGAGCUUCAACAGGGUGGCAUUGCCCUUCAGUGGUUUUGGGGGCGUGGCUCCUCGGCUGCAGUACGACGAGGCCCCUCCCACUGACGCCAUCAUCACGGAUGACAUCGACGCAGCGGACCAAUCAGAGAGCCUGCUGAGUCUCCGCCCCUCCUUCAACCGCACGGCCCUCGGCUGGGUCUCCCACGGCAACCACGGAACCCUGCCCACCGUCGCCUUGGAGAUCCUGGAUCCAGAGAUGCCCCGCCCCCUCCCGGACGCCUGCGAGAUGAUGUACCCUCCAGAGUCGGAGGAGCUUUAACUGGCCACCGCAGAGGCUGAGUGUGUGAGAGAGAGAGCGUGUGUGCGUGUGUGCGCGUGUGUUUGUGUGUGUGUGUUUGUGUGUGUGUGUGUGUGUGUGUGUGUGUGUGUGUCUGUGUGUGUGUGUGUGUGUGUGUAUGUGUGUGUGUGUGUGUGUGUGUGUGCGUGUGUGUGUGUGUGUGUACUAAGACUCAGUCUUUAGAUAUUCAGUGUUGCUCAUAGUAGUUAGCCUAGCCGCUAGUCCUAUACCUGCUAACUCACCCACUGGCAGAGUUCUUAUUGUUGAGAAUGAACUGAGUUCCCUUAGCGCUGUAGAUGGCGGUAGCGCACAUCUUCUGCAAGACGCCACCAAAUGCCACAGAAAGAGAAGAAGAAGGAGGGGCCAACGCCCCCUUAGGGAGGGGACAACGCCCCCUUAGGGAGAGGACAACGCCCCCUUAGGGAGGGGACUACG